ACUUCUUAUUUAGUCUCUCUGGUUCCUGGUCAGCGAAAUCUCAGGCGAACACGAUUCAGGCACAAACAAUUGUUGUUUGACCAUUCUUGCCGGGGAACCGCAGGUGGGCUCAAUCCGUAACCUCGUGACACCUGGGACAACGUCAAAGAAAUGCGCGCGCAGGAUUUCUUCCCAUUUGAAAUCCAAACUCCACUAGCUGGUCAGUUAUGGAGGAAUGCGAAGACUUCGUGAACACUUUUAAAACACAGGUUAAAAUGGUUUUGGAUAUUCUGUUAAAUGUCGCCGUAUCGGAGAUAACACAUGUUUUCCAAGGCACUUCGGGUAACGCUACUAUCCAGAAUACAGUAUUACCCGUUGCUCUUUGCGCCGGAGACCUCACCAUAGAGGCGGUGCAGGCAUGCAGACUGAAGAAUGCAUUGGAGAUGGCAAUAUGCACAUACACACGGGAAACCACUGAAGUGACACCACGUGCAACUCAACAUGAUAGUGGUGAGGCCCCCAGUGGCUCUGUUGCUAUGCCAAGGCGUGAUGGUGAAGACAUGCACCUUAAUCUUAAAUAUGAGAGAUUGGACAUGGACUGGGAGGUGGUGAAGGUUGGUGUCUUCGAGGAGGGUGACAGUAUUGGGAAAAGCAUGCAAAAGAGUCAAGAAUAUGAAUGUCUUGUCUCUGAAUUGACAUUUGAACCAUCAACAUCCUCAGAGGUCUCGGACCCCCACUGCAUACACACUGAAGACGGUGCCACCGCCACCACCACCCUGUCACUGUGUUCAAAUGACACCGUAUUGUUAAACUCCCCGACAGACAGACUGACUGAACAGGAGGUGCAGGUGGGUUCUUCCCAGGCCCCACAUCCAGUGCCCCUGAAAUGGCUUCUAUUUCCUCUUCCUAACUCAGUCAGCCCAGUACAAAAAGUGGAAUUAGAAAUGGGGAAACUGGAGCCUGUUCCCAUUGCCAUCAGCAUGCCGGUGGAUUCGGAACAACAGCCAACCAACACCCUUAGGAUUAUAGAUAUAGAACCCAUGCUUAGAACACCUGUGGGACACCUGGAAGCACUCACUGACUAUGACAUCAGUGGUGCUGCUCUCAAAGAAGAGCCACUAGGAAGCUUGGGACAACCGGAAGUCAAGGAGGAGAUUGAGCUGGUCCGGCAUACUGCACAACCAAGUACACAACGGUACAAUGACAUUACAGCAACAACACAACUAAGCACGCUACAAGAGCCCAUUCUCACCCAAGUAAACCCCAAUGUACAUGUGGCCACACAAGCAAGCAUUAUACUAAACCCAGCAGCAAAGGAAGAGCAGCGAGACCGAGGGGGACAAGUGUUGAGCGGGACCAGAAGCAGAAAAGGCUGUGACACCACUUCCACAGCACUUCCAGCCACCUCCUCCAUAUCACCUCACCGCUCUCCCCUCCCCCCCUCCACUCCACCACCACUACCCCAUGACCUGGAGAAGCAGAUGAGAACCUGUUCAGUGAAGCUUGAGGACUUGCGGCUGGUGGGACACUGCCACCGUCGCCUGCACAUCUGCUGGGACUGUGGCAAGAUCUUCCACCGGAAACGGAAGCUGAGGUGGCACCGCCGUUUAAUCCACACCGGAGAGAAACCGUACUGCUGCUCCCAGUGUCACAGGGCGUUCUCGCUCCGGAAGAAUCUGAAGCACCACCAGAGGGCCCACACAGGGGAGAAACCGUACCACUGUAAAGACUGCGGGAAGCAGUUCCGUUGCAACGGGAAACUGACGACCCACAUGAGGUUUCACACAGGGGAGAAACCCUUCGGCUGCACCCUCUGUAGGAAAAAAUACAGGGUGCUAAAGAACUUAAAGACACACAUGGCCACCGCACACCCACACCCUGGCCGAUGUCUUAACCGUUAGAACAAGUCCAAAAUGGUACCCUAUUCCCUUUUGUAGUACACUACUUUUGUCUUAUAUUGCUCUCUCUGGGAACAAGGGGCGGAAGAACUUGACACAUGACAUCCAGACAUAAAGACAUUGAGGUGAAAGACCACCCCAAUACAGUGAAAGACUGAAUAGUAGAAGAUUCUGGAUAGAAUACUUGAGUGGGUUGCAGUGUAAGCGGCCUUUGUGUUAUCUAGAGAUCUACAACUAUGGUUGAAGUCGGAAGUUUACAUACACCUUAACCAAAUACAUUUCAACUCAGUUUUUCACAAUUCCUGAGAUUGAAUCCUAGUAAUAAAAAAAAAGUCCCUGUCUUAGGUCAGUUAGGAUCACCACUUUAUUUUAAGAAUGUGAAAUGUCAAAAAUAGUAGAGUGAUAUAUUUCAGCUGUUUAUUUCAUCACAAUCCCAGUGGGUCAGAAGUUUAAAUACACUCCAUUAGUAUUUGGUAGCAUUGCCUUUUUAAAUGGUUUAACUUGGGUCAAACGUUUCAGGUAGCUUUCCACUAGCUUCCCACAAUAAGUUGGGUGAAUUUUGUCCCAUUCCUCCUGACAGAGCUGGUGUAACUGAGUCAGGUUUGGAGGCCUCCUUGCUCACACACGCAUUUUCAGUUCUGCCCACACAUUUUCUAUAGGAUUGAGGUCAGGGCUUUGUGAUGGCCACUCCAAUACCUUGACUUUAUCUUAAGCCAUUUUGCCUCAACUUUGGAAGUAUGCUUGGGGUCACUGUCCAUUUGGAAGACCCAUUUGCAGCUGAGCUUUAACUUCCUGACUGUCUUGCUGUUGCUUCAAUAUAUCCACAUAAUGUUCCUUCCUGAUGCUAUCUAUUUUGUGAAGUGCACCAGUCCCUGCUGCUGCAAAGCACCCCCUCAACAUGAUGCUGUCACCCCCUGUGCUUCACGGUUGGAAUGGUGCUCUUUGGCUUGCCAGCCUCCCUUUUUCCUCCAAACAUAUCAAUGGUCAUUAUGUUCAAACAGUUCUAUUUUUGUUUCAUCAGACCAGAGGACAUUUCUCCAAAGUGUAUGAUCUUUGUCACCAUGUGCAGUUGCAAACCGUAGUCUGGCUUUUUUACAUGGUGGUUUUGGAGCAGUGACUUUUUCUUUCCUGAACGGCCUUUCAGGUUAUGUCAAUAUAGGACUCGUUUUACUGUGAAUAUAGAUGCUUUUGCACCGGUUUCCUCCAGCAUCUUCACAGGGUCCUUUGCUGUUGUUCUGGGAUUGAUUUGCACUUUUUUCACCAAAGCGCGUUCAUCUCUAGGAGACAGAAAGCAUCUCCUUCCUGAGCGGUAUGAUGGCUGCGUGGUCCUAUGGUGUUUAUACUUGCGUACUAUUGUUUGUACAGAUAAACGUGGUACCGUCAGGCGUUUGGAAAUUGCUCCCAAGAAUGAACCAGACUUGUGAAGAUCUAAAAAAAAAAAUAUGUCCUGAGGUCUUGGCCGAUUUUUCUUUUGAAUUUCCCAUGAUGUCAAGCAAAGAGGCCCUGAGUUGUUUGAAUGUAGGCCUUGAAAUACAUCCACAGGUGCACCUCCAAUUGACUCAAAUGGUGUCAAUUAGCCUAUCAGAAGCUUCUAAAGCCAUAAUGUCAUUUUUUUGAAUUUUCCAAGCUUUUUAAAGGCAGUCAGCUUAGUGUAUGUUAACUUCUGACCCACUGGAAUUGUGAUACAGUGAAUUAUACGUUUGUAAACAAUUAUUGGAAAAAUUACUUGCACAAAAGUAGAUGUCCUAACUAACUUGCCAAAGCUAGUUUGUUAACAAGAAAUUUGUGGAGUGGUUUAAAAACAAGUUUUAAUGAUUCCAACCUAAGUGUAUGUACACUUCCGAAUUCAACUGUAAAGCUAUGACCAUGUGUAAAGUCCUUCAAUAUGCUGUAGAUCCAUAAUUCAAAACAUGUUUGAUCCAUUUAGAUGUUUCAUAUUGUACACAGGAAAACCACCUGCUGACAGACUUUGAAAACAAAGUGUGUAUGUGAGAGAAAGGUUAGAACUGGAUGCUGUUGACACAGUGAAGGAUGAGCCAGGAUGUUGAGAAAAGGUCUUUCCUGCCUUGCAUACUCUAAGCCUUAUGCCGAUUGGGAGAUCGGAAAUGUCAGACAUCAGUGAGUUCAAGACAACUGGGAAAUUGUGAUCAAAACAAAUUUUCCAUGUCAGUUUUUUUCAACGGUAUUCCAAGUCGGGAACACGGUGUUCUUUCUAGAACCGACCUUUAAGAUCACUGAUGUCAUGAUUUGACCUUGUUCCCAGUUGUCUUGAACGCACCAUUAGAAACUAGUGUUUUGCAUGCCUCUUCCUAAGAUGGCUGACAUAUAACUAUGAACACUAUGGUCCUUACAGCAAUGGAUAACACACCUCGGUGUACUCAUACACUGAUAAUGUUAUAGAACACCAUGUGAGAUUCUCAAUUCCAUAUUCCUCACGUCCUCUCUCUGUGCCUCCUCAAAAUCCAUUGGAUGAGAAAGCCAGAGGUCCCUCCACUCUGACCUUCUCCUACAAUUGGUUUUGUUACGGAGUACUUGGAGUAUGACAUUUACAUUCCCCUGGCAGUUUCUCCUGACCAGGAAAACAUUCUGUGCCAUAGAUGUCCAGAGGGCUAUACUACAAUGCAGGCUCAAGGAGUAAACCUGCUAACUUGCCUAAAUAUUCUGAAAUAACAAAACAUAAAUUGAAAGAUGAGCAUGGUCUACUUAACUCGACAACCAAAAAUGCAUAUCUAAGUUCUUUUAUGAAUGAUAAAAUAGUUAUUUCUGGUUUGAUCAAAGUUAGCUGGCUUUGAUCCUACUUUGUAUUAUACUCCUCUGGUCAAACCACAUGUUUGAAGCACUCCUGACCCUACCUAUGCAGAUCAUAUUAUACCGUACUUAUUGUACUAUAUUGUAGUGUAGUUACUAGCUAGCAUACUAACUGUCUCUUUCAGACAAAUACACUAACACCAUCUGCGGAUGCCAAUGUUUUCUAUUGAAGUGAUUGAACCCAAAUACAUGUUCAUGUGUACUCUUUGGUGGAAGGAAGUUCUUGGAGUAAUAUUUAAUUGUUCUGUCAGGAGGAUUUUUGGACACUGACAGUCUUUUACUUUCAUUUGAUCAUAAUUAUUCGAUUAUCAUUUGCUAUUAUUUUGUUUCCCCCACAGAUUCAUGCAUGAUGCAGUGCCUUGCAAAAGUAUUCAGACCCCUUUGAUUACAUCACAUUGUCUUACAAAGUGGACUUAAAAUAGAUUUAUUUUUUAUUUUUUGGUCAACAAUCUGUCAGUGUAAAAAAAAAAAGUUUAAAAAAGGUAAAAUACAUUGAUAAAAUAUUAACAUUAAAAUCUGUCAAUCCAAGGGGUCUGAAUACUUUUGCAGUGCACUGUAUAUGGACUUGUAAUUGUUUUGUUGCACCAUGGACAUCAGAUAUUGGAGUAAAGUAUGCAAAAUAACUGGUUUAUUUAAUUGAAGUACUUUACUUUUAUUGGUAAUAUUAUGAGUGUCACGUCAGCUUUUCAUAUCAAACUGUACAUUGUUCUUUUACACAUUAAAUUAAAUGGUGGGUCUAUGCUGUGAUUGUAACACGAACAAUAAAGUUGCAUUGUAUGUGUAA